UCUCCGUCUCUUCUGCUUCUCGGUUCUCGGUUCUCAAACUCAGAACACAAAAAAAAGUUGAGAUAUGGCUGCUUAUGGAGCUCUAGUUUCUGUUAUGCAUAUUAUCGGUCAAAUUCAAACUCUUCCAAGCGCUCCGAUUUCCAUCCUCCCAAAACAGGUUGAAUCUCUCACUCUAGUAAUUACUUCCUUGCAAAAAUUUCUUGAAAGCUAUUCUCCCCACCGUGGCUACACUGAACAAGAAGAUGUCUGGGAGAGUCGCAUUGCUGAAGCGGCUUAUGAAGCUGAAGAUGUGAUCGAGUCCUAUAUUGUCGAUCAAAUUCGUGCUCGAUCAGAAACUGAUGUAGAACACAUCAACUCAGCUGAAUUCUAUCAAGGUCUGCAUAAGGUGAUAGAAAACAUGAAUGUGAUCAAGAUUGAGAUUGAAGAGAAGGUGGUACUCCGAGAUCAACUCCAAAUCGUGAAGUCUGCGAGCACUGCUGCUGCCGCCUCGUCAAGAUCUGCUUCCGCUGCUCAUAAGGUUACAAUGGUUGGUUUUGAUGAUGUGUUGGAUCAAUUGCUGGACACGAUCACUGGAGGAGGACUCAAUCGCCAAAUUAUUCCGAUUGCUGGAAUGGGUGGGAUAGGCAAGACUACUCUUGCUCGGAAUAUCUAUGUAAGUCCACUUGUCCAACAUCAUUUUUUUGUUUGUGCGUGGUCUGCAAUUUCGCAAGAGUGUAAUGCAAGAGAAGUUCUUAGAGAAAUUCUUAGACAAGUUCCUAUUCAAGUAGACCUGGAGGAUGAGGAUGAGGAGAAGAAGAAGAAGAAGAAGAAGAAGAAGAGGAUUGAAGAUUUGAGUGCAGAUGAGUUAGGAGAAAAGCUGUACAAACAGUUAAUAGGAAGAAAGUAUUUUAUAGUGAUGGAUGAUAUGUGGAAUAUUGAGGCAUGGGAUCGAGUUAGGAGAUUCUUCCCGGAUGAUAAAAACGGGAGUAGAAUAGUAGUGACGACAAGACUAUCAAACUUGGCAUCUCAAUUUAACAACUGCAAUGGUUUUGAUUUGGAAUUUUUAGAUGAGUAUGCUAGUUGGGACCUAUUUUGCAGAACCGUAUUCGGGAAAAAAGCUUGCCCUCUUGAGUUGGAGGAUGUUGGGAAGAAGAUUGUGAAAGGUUGUAAGGGACUUCCAUUGUCAAUUGUUGUGAUUGGGGGGCUUCUAUCAAAAUCUGAAAAAGAAAGUUGGGGACUGUAUGAAAAAAAUUUAAGUUCAAUUGUGAAUUUGGAGGAUAAUGAAAGGUGCUUGCAAAUAUUAUACAUGAGUUAUAAUAAUUUGCCAACUUAUUUAAAACCAUGUUUUCUCUAUUUCGGAAGAUAUGGCGAAGAUGAAGUGAUUCGAAUAUCUCAACUCAUCCUAGAAUUGGCUGCUGAGGGACUCUUAAAACCAAUUAAUGGGAAAAGUUUGGAAGAGGUUGCAGAAAAGUACGUUGAAGAACUUGUUGAUAGAAAUCUCCUUAUGGUUGAAAAGCGCAGGGAUUAUGGGAAACUAAAAUCAUUGAAAAUGCAUGAUCUGUUAAGGGACAUGUGUUUGCGAGAAGCUCGAAAGUUGAGGUUUCUAUAUGUGUUGGAAGAGCAGAGCAUUCCAGAGGGCACUUAUCCUUAUCGCCGUAUUGCAAGCAACUUACAACAAUGGGAAUAUCCAACUCACCUCAUUCAAUCUCUGAAAUCCACAGCACCUGUCCGCUCAUUUUUUGGGAGAGCUCCAACGAAUUUAUCAAAUAACUUCAGAUCAUUGAGGACAUAUACAUUUGAAGCAUUCCCUGGGGUAGAUUAUGAGAAGAAUUUUCUAAAGCGAGUUAACUCGCGUCUUCUUUUUGUUAGGGUUGUUGAUAAAUUAUUCAGAAUUCCUUCUUCCAUCUCUUUUCUUUGGAAUUUGCAGACAGUGAUUAUACGUGGCAAAGGUAAGAAUUAUGCUUUCGAUCUUUGGAAGAUGCCUCAACUUAGGCACGUCAGAAUCAUCACCAGGUGGUGCAAUGGUGGUACAUUUAAUGUCCCCGAUCCUCUCAAUGACAAAGAGGAUAUGGUGAUGGAAAACCUACAGUCACUUUACUGUGUGAACAAUCUCAAGUUCGGUGCGGGCGUGCUUAAAAGAAUCCCCAAUAUCAAAACAUUGAAGUUGUACUAUAAAGGCAUCAGUAGAGUAGAUGAAAUUUGCCAGCUCGAGAAUAUUUGUCGCCUCCAAAAGCUAGAAUCUCUUUGUAUUAAGAUUUCUUUUACGCGACAAGUGAGGUUUCCAGAUUCGCUCAAAAAGUUGACAUUGCAAUAUACCCUUCUUCAUUGGGAAGACAUGAAGACAAAAAUAGGUUUGUUACCCCUUCUUCAAGUUCUCAAGCUGGAAUCAAGUUCCUUUAUGGGGUUAAAGUGGGAAACAUUGGAUGACCAAUUCUUGAAUCUCAAGUUCUUGCUGAUUAAGGAUUGUGAAAUAGAGUGGUGGAUCACAGACAACACUCACUUUCCACGCCUUGAGCACCUUCAUCUUCACGGUCUACCAAGGUUGAGGGAGAUUCCUUUAUGCAUUGGCGACAUACCAACACUUCACUCAAUUACGGUGGAAAGUUGUAUUAACUAUGUGAAGGAUUCAGCUCUAAAAAUAAAGGAGGAGCAAGAGGAACUCGGCAAUGGAGACCUUCAAAUCAUUACCUGACCAAUCAUUCCUGAGUAAUAGUUCCAACUUCUUUUCCAUAAUGAUUAUUUUACUAAGAUUUUUACCUUAA